AUGUCUGAUGAAAAAGAAUUUACUUUGAAAAAAAUUAAGGAUAAUUACAGUUUUAUUCAGAAAUCUAAUUUUUAUGAAAWUUAUAAUGUAUUUUAUGAGUCAUGUGAGAAUUUUGCAGACAACCAAGCGUCAUGUUACACUGGUUCCAAAAUUUCCUGGAACAGUUCUGUUAUAUCUGAAAUUAUAGAGGCAUUAUACAGUAAUUUAUUCAGGAUAUAUGAUUCAAUUACAGGAACAAAUAAUACCUAUUUUGAAAAUAUCUCUUCUAAAGAUGAGAAAAUAUGUUGUACAUCCUUGAAGUACUGGUUAUAUGAUCAAAUAUUAACUAAAGAUCUAGAGGAAACGGAUAUUAAUGCAAUUUUCAAAGGAUGGGAGAGUGACCUAAAGGGUAAAAUAAAAGAUAGAUCUGUAGAUCCUUGUAUAUUUUUUAAUUUGAAAAAGGAUGAAAUUAAUAAGUUAAAAAAUAUAUAUUCCCUUUAUGCAAUUUUUUAUGGCAAUAAUAAAUAUAAGCAGGAUUGCAAUAGCAAUACGUGUAAGUAUUUGAAAUAUUUUGGAAAAGGUUUGGAUGAGUUUAUUAAUAGUAUUAAUAAAUGUUCCAGUGAUUCUUUGAAUAACGAGUAUUGUAAUGAAUUAAAAGAAUUUUUAGAUUUAUGUAAGGAGGAUAAUGAACAUGCAGGAAUUUCAAUACACGAAGAAAGUACGAAAAGUAAAUCUGAAAUCGCCGGGAAACAUUUAUUAUCUGUCGUAAAAUAUCAAAAUAAACCACUUUAUAUAUAUUUGAAGGAUAAAAAAAUGUUAAAUUUUCUUAAAACAUCUGAUUUUAUAAGUAAUAAAAAUAGAACCACUAUCGCAGCAACUUCUGUUGUAGGUUCUGCCAUAGGCUUAUCCUCAAUUUUUUACUAUUUUUAUAAGUUUACGCCUUUUGGAAGCUCUUUACGCAGAGGAAAAGGAAAAAAUAUAGUAAAUAUUGACGAAGAAUCACAUAAUUCAUUAUUGUAUAAAUCGAAUACUGAACAAUUACCAUUACAUAACAGGGAAUAUAAAGUGGCGUAUCAUACUUUUAAUGAUGUAUAA